AGGAGGCGCUUGCAGUGGCCACCCAGGGCUGAAAGCUUGUGUCCAAACCCUGUAUCCGCCUGCAAAACGCCCUGAGCAUGGGGACACACACACACACACACACACACACACCAGCCCCCCCCCAGCCCUCCCCUCCCACCUAGGAACCAGCGCCCCUCCCCAUGGCACGGCCCCUUUAAGAAUUAAACUCUUGGGCCGGCGCGAUCGAGCCUGUUCCCCGGAAGAAAAGGGCCGCGCAAGGUGGGGACGGAGGAGGAGGCUCGCUCGGCGCAGGGGCGACCGGAGGCUGCGGGCUGCUGCUGCGGACCUUGCCCCGGGGGGGACUGGAGCCCGUCAUGGCUCCGGGGGAUCUGCAGCUUUGCCGCCGCGGCAGGGCUGGCCCCGGGCCCCGCCAGCAGCCGCCGCAGCCCUGGGGGCGCCGGCUGGUGCGGCUCUGCCUGCUCUGGGGGGCUCUCUGCAGCCCCGGCGGCUCCGCCUUCAACCUGGACACCAAAUUCUUGGUCCUGAAGCGGGGGGCAAGCGAAGGCAGCUUCUUCGGCUUCUCGGUGGCGCUGCAUCACCAGACGGACGGGCUGGACAGAUACCUGCUGCUGGCUGGAGCGCCCCAGGAUGUGGCAGCUGGGACGGAGAACGCCACGCGGACGGGGGCCAUGUACUCCUGCCCCCUGAGUGUCUCCACGAAUGACUGCAAGCGAGUUGACAUCGAGGAGAAGAGUGAACCACGGAAGAACAUCAUUGAGGACAUGUGGCUGGGGGUGACCAUCGCUAGCCAGAGGCAGCCCUCGGGGAGAGUGCUGGCUUGCGCUCACCGAUACACCAGGGUCCUCUUGUCUGGCAACGAAGACCAGCAGCGCAUGGUGGGGAAGUGCUACGUCCGCGGCAAUGACCUGCAGCUGGAGCUGGCUGACGACUGGCAGACUUACCACAACGAGAUGUGCAACUCCAACACCGAAGAGACUGGCAUGUGCCAGAUGGGCACCAGCGGCGGCUUCACCGCCAACACUGUCUACUUCGGGGCGCCGGGCGCCUACAACUGGCAAGGGACGAACUACGUUCUGCAGCGAGAUAGCUGGGACCUGGUCGACUUCUCCUACCCCAACCAUGACAACGGCAACAUCUACAUAGGCUACACGGUCCAAGCCGCCAGCGCCGUCCUGCACCGGAGCCAGGUGACCCUUGUGACUGGAGCUCCUCGUCACCAGCACGCGGGCGCCGUGUACCUGCUGACGGACACCCGCAACACCCUGGAGAAGAGCCUGGUGCUGCCUGGGGAGCAGGUGGGCUCCUACUUCGGGAGCGCCAUCGCCCUGGCGGACCUCGAUAACGAUGGGUGGCAGGACCUGGUGAUUGGGGCCCCGUACUACUUCGAGAGGAAGCAAGAGGUGGGUGGCGCCGUCUACGUGUACAUGAAUGAGGCCGGCCGCUUCCAGAACUGGUCCAGCCUGGUUCUGAAGGGACCCAGCAACUCGGCCUUCGGCUUUGCUGUGGCCAGCAUCGGGGACGUCGACCAGGACGGCUUCCAGGAUAUCGCCAUUGGGGCUCCCUUCGAGGGCCCUGGCAAGGUCUAUAUCUACCACAGCAGCUCAGGGGGGCUGGUGGCCGAGCCCCGGCAGGUGAUCAGCGGGGCAGAGCUGGGCCCGUCCGGCAUCCAGACCUUCGGGUACUCCCUGAGUGGGGGGCUGGACGUAGACGGAAAUUCCUACCCGGAUCUGCUGGUGGGGAGCUUGUCAGAGCAGAUAGCUCUGCUCAGAGCUCGACCUGUGAUCAACAUCUUGAACAAAACCUUCACGGUGAGCCCCAGCCUGGUGGACCCGGCCAAGUGCACCCCAGAGUCCUGCAUCCAGGUGCAGAUCUGCUUCUCCUACAACCAGAGCGCUGGGGACCCCACGUACAAGGAGCAAAUCAACCUGCUGUACACCCUGGAGGCUGACAAAGACCGGCGCCCGGCCCGGGUGAGGUUUGCCGGGACGCACUCCGCUGUUUACAAGGGCGUCUUCACCAUGCCAGCCGCCAAGUGCCAUGACCUGCAGCUCCUCCUGCUGGAGAACAUCCGGGACAAGCUGCAUCCCAUCGCUCUGCACAUGAACUACUCCCUGGAGGAGAAACCCAGGCACUUCCAGCUGGGGCCCCGCUCCCUCAGCGCCUUCCCCGUCCUGAAUGAGGAUCAGCCCCGGAAGAACGACACCGAGAUUAACUUCCAGAAAGAAUGCGGCCUGGACAACAAAUGCAACAGCAACCUGCAGCUGCAAUGCGCCUUCGUCAACGAGCAGAACCAGCCGCUGCCCCGGCUGAACGGGACCCAGGUGCUGCAGUACAGCCGGGACGUCCGGAAGUUGCACCUGAGCGUCAACGUCACCAACGCCCCCUCGACGGGCACCGAUGGCGAGGACGCCCACGAGGCCCAGCUCAACAUCACCGUGCCCCCCGCCCUGCUGCCCUCCUCCGUCCGGCCCAGCGGCGCCUGCACCUUUGAGAAGACUGUGCUGUGUGACCUGGGAAACCCCUUCAAGAAGAACCAGAGGGCAGAGCUGAUCAUCACCUUUGAAGCCAUCGGCAUCACCCUGGACACCCGCGAGGUCACAGCUCAGCUCCAGCUCUCCACGCUGAGUUACCAGGAGGAUCUGGAGCCAGUGUGGGCCGAGCUGCAGGUGGACUAUACCGUCCAGGCGUCUCUCACCCUGAUGUCCCCGCCCCUCCAGACAUCCUUCAGCGGGAAGGUGAUGGGGGAGUCCGCCAUGAAGAGCGAGCUGGAUGUGGGGAGCCCGGUCAGCUUCAGUUUCCAGGUGAGCACCAAGGGGGAGUCUCUGGGCUCGCUGGGCACCAUCGUCCUGGGCUUCGAGUGGCCCUACGAAAUCCACAACGGCAAGUGGCUGCUGUACCCCACGGAGAUCCUCGUGAGCGGCAACGAGGGCCAGCACUGCCAGCCACCGGGGGGCGUCAUCAAUCCCCUCAACCUCACCCUCCUCUCCAGCUCCGCCCGGCAGAAGCGCGACCUGGAGACGGCGCUGCAGGCCGAGCCCCCCGUCAUCCUCGCCGCCUCCAAGAAAGCCAAGUCGGAAACGUUGCUGAGCUGCUCUAAGGGGUCGUCUCGCUGCAUCUGGUUCCAGUGCCCCAUCCGGGACUCCAGGCACACGACAACCGUCAGCGUCCGAGCGCGGGUGUGGAACAGCACCUUCAUUGAGGAGUUCAGCGACUUUGACCGUGUCAAGGUGGAUGGGCUGGCGACGCUGUUCCUCAAGACAAACGUUCCCACCAUCAACAUGAAGAACCAGACGGUGCGGUUCUUCGUGGACAUCGACUCGGAGCUGGUCGAGGAGCAGCCGGUGGAGAUCGAGCUGUGGCUGGUGCUGGUGGCGGUAGGGGCAGGGCUGCUGCUGCUGGGGCUGAUCAUCCUGCUGCUGUGGAAGUGUGACUUCUUCAAGCGGACCCGCUAUUACCGGAUCAUGCCCAAGUACCACGCGGUGCGGAUCCGCCAGGAGGAGCGCUACCGGCCUGCUGACGGCUUCCUGCCCCGGAAGCACAAGAAACACUGGGUAACAAAUUGGCAGGAGUCGGAGAAGUACUACUGACCCCUCCCUCCCCCUCCCGCCACCCUGUCUGCUCGGCUUGCCCCGUGACCACGUCGCUGCUCUGCGUAACUAGCCCAGGGACCAGCCCCCUGUCAGCGAAGGACAUGUUAUUUAUCCUAAGUUAUACCGCAUAGAACGGCAACCCCAAAGCUUUCUCGAGGGGCCUGGGAGCAGCCGUGCAACACGAGACCCAGCAGUGGGAACACGAGGGGCUUUUUGUUUUGCACAAAUGGAUUAUUUCACACAUAUAGACACAUUCUUCUGCCUGGGCAUCAUUGCUGCGUGUGCGGCCUGGGCCCCAGCCCUCACCCCGCCCCCAGCUCUCUCGCUCUCUGUCACGCUCGCGUGUACUGCAAAGUGCCUCCUUACGCACAGACAGCGUGUGGUCUCGCACAGCCCCUCGGCAUCUCGGCCGUGCACUUGUGCACAGACGGUUGGGUCUUACCCGAUGCUCUUGGGUGCACAGAGCAUUGCUUUGCCUGCCCUUUACACGCACGCACGCGGAGAUGAUCUCUCGUGCAAUCAAGUCCCCGCACACGCUUGGAAGCUUACAGCAUUUUGGUGUGGGUUGUGUCAAGACCCCGAGACGCCCACGAACCACAUGACACCCCCACCACUGUCCCAUGCUUGCCCACAGCUGACUAGUGCACGGAGCACGCUCCUCCUCCGGGAUCCGUCUGCACGCACGGCCCCUCGUGCACAGACUCACUUGCACCGAUUCACUCGGGUGGCGGUGAAUGCAGCACACAGACACUCGCCCUGACCCGUGCGGUCUUUGAUGGACGUUCAGGGUCGCUGCUUCUCCCCGGCACCCGCCAACGCCCGCACUCAGCCGCCGGCACUGGCCCUGGCGUUCUGCACCCAGACUGAAGAGGGGAAGCAGCUCCCAUACUCGGAACCCCCUGAUCCUGUAGGGGGGUGAGCCAAGGCAACACCCUUCAGCCUCAUCACAGCCCCCUCCAUGCGCCACACUGGAUGUUUUGCCACUGGAAUUUCUUAUGUGAGAGCUACUGGUACCUUUCCCUGCUUGUCCCCUGGACGUUCUUUGUUUGGGGCGGAGAGCAGCUGUUCUCUGAUUGUUACUGGGGUACAGCCCAUGGAGAGCCAUGCUUUUGGUUUGGGAAGGGUGGACGUUGUGGGGGGAGGCAAGGGCAGGCUUUGUCAUCCCCGCGGGAUGGUCCCUCCCCAUCGACUUGCAAGCAGCAGGUCUCGGCUCCCCUCCAAGGAUGGGACAGGUAAGGGCUCUUUUCAGCCGAGGCUUUGCUAUGUAACCAGCCGGAUGCAGGGGUCAAACGCUGCCCGAUCUUUAUUGACUCCUCUGAAGGAACAGACUCUGGGCCCUGUGCGCCCCAACUCCCUCCCCCCGCAAGGCUGCAGGCUGGGAUCUUGCUUUGAGCCUUAAACUGCAGGGGCUGAUUUGAGGCUACUGCAGCCUUGAUCCCUGUGUGGCGUUAUGCCCCACCUGCUGACACCCCCCCGCCCUCCCCCCCCGUUAGCUCUGCUGGAGCCAAUGCAACUAGAGAAAAGUCUGCUCUGUGUCCUGCUCAAUCUGCCCUUGCCUAGGGAGGUGCUGCUAAGUCGGGGGAACCUCAUGGCUCUUUGUAGCUGCAGCACCAGCUUCCUCCCCUUCAUGGUCCCCACUUUCUGGUGGCUGGAUCUGCUUAAGCCUAGAGCCGGUGGUCCCCUCUCCAGCUACUCCUAGGGAGUAGCACAGGGCUUGACCCCAGGGGUCCUGCAACAGGAAAGGCCUGGCAGGGGAUGUUUUCACAGAGUUACCGCUGAUCCUGCCCCAGUCAGCACUCUGCCCCCACGUGGCCCCCUCAGCUUGCUGCAGGCAUCACCGGGCCUCCCUUUCCCAUCCCAACCGUGCAGCUGAGUUUUCAUGCUCCGUCGGCUGGAAGGAUCCAUGGGCAUGAAACGUUCUGUUCCCAGCACUCCCUAGCCGCUGGGCACGUUCCGCUUGUGCGCUCUUGCUAGGGGGCGUUCUUGCAGGCAUCACACAAUGCUUUAAUUGGGAGGUGUCACCCUGGUUUACAAUAAAGGAACCUGCAAGAAUGAGAGUUUCCUACGCUGACCACUCUCUGACACUCCCUCUGUGCCCUCGGCUGGGGGUAUUAAAUUAUUAAGCGUGUAUUUGGGGUUUUUUUGCUGUUGAUCACUGGAGUUCGUUUCUUUUAUGGUACUGGAGGGCUGGAGUCACUGCGCCUUGAUGUGAAUAUGCUUGAGCGGUUAUGAUGGUGUCAAAUAAAAAUUGUUCCUUGAUUUGUAA